AAUCGUUCAAUAGGUGACCAGCCGGCGUAAACGAAGCAAGUCAUGUCGCGCCUGUUCGCGUUGGCGUUCGCGUGUCUCGCCUCGGUCGCUCUGAUCGCCCACGAGACGGACUCUUUGAGCGCGGAGGGUGGCAAAGAUGUCGGAAGCUCGUUGCGCAAAGAAUCGUCCCCGUUCUUUCUAUUGCACCUGCUCAAGCUGAAGAAGAAGCUCCAGAAGAUCGAGAAAAUCGAGACACCCCCGCCGAACGCCGAUUGCAUCUGCGUGCCCUAUUACCUGUGCAGUGUCAACGGCACCGUCACCGCGGACCAGAUCGGCCAGAUCAUCAUCAGAUACCGAAGGUGCACGGGAGAUCAAGAGGUCUGCUGUCGCCUGGUGAACGCGACGACGACGGCGAAGCCGACCCCUACGACCAUGAAGACGACACCGACGACCAUGAAGACGACGAUGAAGACCACGACGACCGUGGCACCGGUGAUAUUCCCGAACACGGAGCAACCGUCUGCUCAAGUGUGCGUCUGCGUGCCGAUAUCGCAAUGCGACCCAUACGGCGUGAUCGGGACUUCGGGCGAGGGUGUGAUCAACCCCCGUCUGCUGCCGUCGCAGUGUCCCAUCGCCGGUUACGUCUGCUGUCGCCCGGCCAGCGUGAUAGCGUACCCGCCGUCGAACCCUGUUCCGCAACAGAUCUGUUUGCUCUGCGGGAACUUGAUCCGUUGCAGCAACGGAGUCGUGGUCCCCGUGAACGCGGGCCUGGUGAAUCCUCUGGUGCAUCAUCAAUCCUGCCCGAUCCCGACCGCCUGCUGCGGAGGGUCGAAUCCUUCGUACUCGGGCGGGAUCCCGGUGAUCCUCGGCCCCGUUAGGUACCCAGGCACCGAUCAGGCCUGCUAUUGUAUGAAGUCCUGGCUCUGUUCCGCCGGGAACUCGGUCAAUUGGGGAGUCGGUGCCAUCGACCCUAGAUUCUCCGCCUGCACAAGCCCGGACGAAGUCUGCUGUCGGCCCUACGCCGUUUCCGAUCAAAGGGGUCGCGACGUACAGGAAGGUCGAGCGGAGAACAUCGUCACCGGCGACGCGUCCUUCUCGCAACCCGGAUGCGGCCUGAGGAACGCCAGCCUUGCGCCAGCUCAACCCUAUCCAGCGGACAGCGGCAGGACCUAUUUGGGCGAGUUUCCAUGGAUGGUGGCGAUUCUUUCGCUGCAGGCGGACGGCAAGUACCUGUUCUUGUGCGGCGGUUCUUUGAUCACGAACUCGGCGGUGCUCUCCGCGGCUCAUUGCGUCGCCAAGCGCGGCGAUAGCAGACUGGUGGCGCGGGUCGGCCAAUUGAAUUUGGACGGUUCGAACCAGUCGUUGCCCUAUCAAGAGAGCAACGUGAAGGUCGUGGUGACCCAUCCGUUGUUCUACAGCGGCGGACUGUUCAACGACAUUGCGGUGGUCAUUCUGGCCAAACCGUUCAAUAAAACGGUGAACGUGGUGCCCGUUUGUGUGCCGCAGCAAGGAGCGAUUGUCCCGCCUGGUAUCAGGUGUAUAGGGUCUGGAUGGGGCAAAAAUACGUUCGACGGCGUGUAUCAGAGCCAGCUGCGCAAAGUGGAUCUGCCGUACGUCGGCAGAACGGAUUGCCAGUACCGGCUGAGGACAACGAAAUUGGGCCCGAAUUUCCAGUUGCACAGCUCGUUCAUUUGCGCCGGGGGUGAGCCGAACAAGGACACGUGCACCGGGGACGGAGGAGGACCUCUCGUUUAUCCGACAGCUUCGGGACAAUUCGUUCAGGCCGGCAUCGUGUCUUGGGGCAUCGGCUGCGGAUCGUCGACCGUCCCGGCCGUGUACACGGACGUCGCGCAGUUCACGCAAUGGAUCGAUGUGCAAUUGGCCACUUACGGGACGUAACCGUUCAAGCAACGUUCAUCGCCGACCAGUAUUUCUCUAGUCCUCCCCUGUUGCACCGUGAAUUGUUUUUUUGUUUUUCCAGAAUAAAGCGCGAUUUAAGCGGUAAU